AUGAUACCGCGACGGCUCUUUCUUGGCCCUGCCAGGGCGCAAGCCUUGGCCAGUCGACCGCUCACCAACUCGUGUCUUACUCGUCUCUCCAAUGCGCCUGCUUUUGGAGUGACCACUCGUACAAUAACUACUCGUGGGCAUGCCCCGUCUGGGAUCUCUGACCGUGGACGACCUACCCUCCAGCCAUCCAAUCUCGGCAGACACCUCAAGAGAUGGGAGACGACGGUCACAGGCGACGAGAAAUCCGGCCAUAUUUACGCCGGACCUAAUGAGGCCAUCGUCUUCUACGACAACCUCUUUCCCUUGAAGCUGAGCUAUGGGUGGAUGAGCUACCUCGUGGGGCGGCCUUGGGGAGCAGACCAAGAUCUGUCGAAUCUUCUCCAGAGGUUCAACAAGUCCUCACUAGGCAUCGCCGAUCCGAUCAACUUAGUCAAACGUGGCAUCCCAAAGGAUGAUUCACUGAAAGUGACCGAAAUCAUCCCUCGACUCAAGGAUGGCGGAGCUUUCGUCAAAUUCAGCUACCCACCAGAAAUGACUCCAGAGCAGGUCGAAGAGAAGCUGUCAAAGUUUUUGCAAGAGAAGAAUAUCAAGCCGUGGUUCAACCCCUUCCGCGGCAUUCAAGUCGGCCUCGUCAGAGGCGUGCCCUGGCUCGAAGACCUCGCUGCCAACCUUCCGAGAGGCAGGGUCAGGAUCGAGUUCAUAGCAAAAGAACCAGGUGCCGAGGCCGUGGAGCUGUCUCAGGAGACCGUAUUCAGCCAGUUCCGCAAGUUUGGCAAGAUUGCGGACAUCCAGACACAGCCAUCAGACUCCAAGGUGGUCCCCAGGUAUGCGUAUGUUGAUUACAGUUUUGUGAGAGACGCUAUCAUGGCGAAGAACUGCCUUCAUGGAAUUGUGGUUCCAGAAGAGCUCGGCGGCGGCAAAGCUGGCACGAAACUCCGGCUCUCGUAUGAGCGCUUCGCAAAAAGUCAUCGUUUCUGGGACUGGAUAAGCAACCACCCUCGAAUUGUGAUCCCAGUCGUUGCGGCACUGCUUGCAGCAAUCACCGUCGUCAUCUUCGACCCGAUACGGGAGUUCUUUAUCAAGGCUCAUAUCCAAAAGUCUUUUAGUCUGUCGGACAACACGAUCUUCCAAUGGUUCAAGCGCCAGACCAACGACAUUCUAGCCUUCAGGAAAAAUAAGGCGGAAGACGCUGGUCUGACUGCUCUCUUCACUCAUCGACGAGACGCCAUUGAGCAAAUUCAGAAAUGGUUGAUGGAGUCUGCAGACACCUUCAUUGUUGUCCAAGGCCCACGGGGCUCAGGCAAGGAAGAGCUGGUUCUGGACCAGGCGCUAGGUGGUCGGAAGGACGUCUUGGUGAUCGAUUGCAAGCCGAUUGUCGAGGCCAGAGGCGAGAGUGGUACAAUCAAGAAGCUCGCCAGCGCCGUUGGUUACCGCCCAAUCUUUUCCUGGGCGAACCAACUGAGCAGUCUCAUUGAUCUCGCUAUUCAGAGUACUACUGGCGUCAAGUCUGGCUUCUCAGAAACACUUGACUCGCAGCUCAACAAGAUCCUUCAAAUUACGGCAGCUUCCCUGAAGGAGGUCUCUUUGUCGGGUCGUGACAAGGACUCUGGCGAUGCGAACUUGAGCGAUGAUGCUUUCCUCGAUGCACACCCGGAGAGGAGAGCAGUGGUGGUCAUUGACAACUUUCUCCUCAAGAACGAAGAGACCAGUCUCAUAUAUGACAAGCUCUCGGAGUGGUCAGCAGCGCUCGUGCAGGCAAAUAUCGCCCACGUGGUCUUCAUGACCAGCGACACGUCGUACUCGAAACCUCUAUCCAAAUCACUGCCGGACAGAGUCUUCCGUACCAUCGCGCUUGGUGAUCUCUCGCCCGACGUUGCAAAGAAGUUCGUCAUGAGCCACUUCCCCCAAUCCAAGCCAAGAGACCAUGGCAAAAAUGGAGACCCGAAGGCGGAGACCUCGCAGCCGGAGCACAAACAGGACCUGAGGGAAUUGGAUGAGGUAAUCGAGGUUCUCGGUGGCCGCCUCACCGACUUGGAAUUCCUUGCCAGGCGUAUGAAGACAGGACAGAGCCCAAGACAGGCCGUGCAGGAGAUCAUCGAGCAGAGCGCAUCAGAGAUCAUCAAGCUCUACCUGCUACCCAACAAGGGCGACAGGAAGUACUCCACGGAGCAGGCGUGGUUCCUGAUCAAGGAGAUCGCCAAGAAGGAGUCGCUUCGCUAUAACGAGGUCCUGCUGUCCAACACGUUUGCCUCGUCGACAACCUCGGGCGUCGAGAACGGCGAGCUGGCCCUCGAGACCCUUGCUAAUGCGGAGCUGAUCACCGUCAAGUCCCACCGCGGCCGCCCGCAGACCAUCCAGGCCGGCAAGCCGGUGUAUCAAGCGGCCUUCUCUGCGUUGCUUCAUGACCCGGUGCUGAAGGCGAGGUUGGACUUGGCUGUCUUGACUGAGUUAGCCAAGGUCGAAACAAAGACUAUCGACAAGGUCGAAACAGAACUCAGCCUGCUGGGUUCUCUUCCUCGACAGCCUCGGGAGACUACCGAGCGAAUCAACUACCUGCUUAACAAAUUGCAGACUUCACACAGUAAGAUUGCUGGUUUCGAGAAGGACAUGGCAGCUCUGAAGAAGGUACUGGCUCAGGAGGCCUAA